GAACACUAGAAACUAGAAAUAACAUCUAAAUUUCAUACACAUCUGUAUUAUAAGACAAUGUUCAUGUUUAAAAGAGUAAUUCAUCCUUCCACAAGCUCAAAACAAGGCAGCUCGCGAGCUUAGCUCGACAAGCCACCGAAUCAAGCUAGCUCGCGAGCUUAUCAAGCUGAGCAUGGUCUAGCUCAGGCUUGGCUCGUUAACUAACGAGUUGGCUCGCGAGCCGGCUUGUUAAAUAACGAGUCGAGUGUCGAACGAGUUUUUUCCGAUUCGAACGCCGAAUUGCUCGCGAGCGGCUUGGCUCAUUUGCAGCCCUACUCGAAACCACGCACAGAACUCACGCCUACCCUUCCCUUUGAAUGUAAUUGAUAUGCUUACCUUCCCAAAAAUCAUCUUCUCAAUCUCUAUUGGUUCUGAAAUCUGAAUCUAAUUUUCAUCUCCGAGUCCCAAGUCCUAACCCUAGGUUGUCGCUUCUCAUCUUGUCCAUGCCGAUAGUUUCAAUUUUCACAUAAAUAGGCGACUGACAGCAAAGAGCUACUCCAAGUCUCACCCCCAUUUGGCCAUUUCAAAUCCUAAUCACCUAUCUGCUUCACAUCUUGUCCUCGUCAAGCCAAUCACUCAUCUUGCAGUUAGCGCACAGGUAAUGAAUCUUGAACUAUUUGCUGCUUUUGUAUUUGUUUGCAUGCAAAGUCCAAAUUAAUUUAUUGAAAGUUUGCAUAUCAAGUUGCUACAUAUCAGGAUGUGAUAAUGUGAUUUGGAUAGAAAUAGAGUGGAUGGCAAAGUUGCUGCAUAUCAGGUGUGAUAAUAUGAUUUGGAUUAAUUAUUAAUUUAUUAUAACUCUUUCAACCAUUGUUGUUUGUUUCUAAGUAGCAGAGGACCCGCAGAGCAACUGCUGCAAAAAACUUUGCUCUAUAUUUGAGUGCUAAUCCAUGGACAUAUUUUUGUUUUUGUCAAAUAUCCUCGUUAAUUGGUUAAAUGUGCUACAUGUAAUCAGAUUUAUAGUAAUUAGUAUUGAAUUAAGCUGGUCUCUACUAGCAUUUAUAUAUGUGAUCGAUUCAUUUGUUCUUUAUCAUCUGCUAUGUUUACUUAUUUUUAAAUAGGUCAUCAUGUGAUGUGGAUUUAUGGUGAAUGAAGAUGCAGGUUGCAGAAACUUGAUGAACCGAGGUUUGAAGUUGCUUGGAGAAAUGGGGAUGUAAAUUGGAAGAGUCUAGAUUUUGAGGAAUAUCCAAUUGAAGCUUGAGAAUUGCAGCAGUGUUGAUCUUCUUUUUUUGUCCUUUUAGCUUCAGUUUAGAACAAUUGUUCGUUCAAAUUUGCAAGUAUUUUUAUGUUUGUUUUGAAUUUGAGUUAAAAUAGGAUGAAUGGUGAAUGAUUCAAUUAUAUACAUGUUUUAUUGUAUGAAAAGCAUGGGGCAGGGCGGGUUUGACCCGCCCUGUACAGGGCAGGGCAGGGCAUGGGUCAUGUUGUCAUAACCCGUGGCAGGUUAUGGGGCGGGGCGAGGCGAAAAUCAAAUGGGCAGGGCAGGUCCGGGUACCACACUACCCGACCUGUUCUGGACCCAUUGCCAUCCCUAAUCCAAAGGUUCAUACCAACAAUAUUCCUAACACAUGGAACUAGGGUUCUUCAUACCCAAGCGAGAAGGAGGUUUACUCCAUAGAGAGAGAGGGGAAAACCAAAAUCAGAGUACUCAUAUUCACAAUAGUCUGUAUAAUCUGCUCUCGGAUAUCAAUCUUCACUCGUAUAAUAAUUCCUUGAGUAAAUUGACAAACCAUAAAUAAUCUUAACAAACUCGCAUCAAGUCUCAAGUCCUACCAAUUACAUGAAUUUGAAAAUCUUUGUACUGGAGUCCUCCUCUAGCUUGAUGCUCCUCUACCCGGUAGCUCUCCAUCUAACUUUUCAAUCGAUUCUUCUCUAUGACUUGGUGAGUCAUUUGGGGUCAGUCUACACCCUACUUAAACUCUGAGCGGCUAAGGUUGUUUCCUUAGGUGUUCACUUUAAAACUUUUUUUUGAUAAUGAUGAAAAUGCAUUGCCAAGAAAAUACACCAGAGGUGUAUACAGAGUACAGAAACAAAUAUAAUAAACAAACUUAAGAGAAAAGGAGAAAAGGAGGGGACACCCCGCCAGUUCGCCAAAAGAAAAGAAAAACCAAAGGAAGAGAACAGGGGGAAAACGAACUGGAAGCACAAAACAGAAGAAGCAAAUCAGAAAAGCUCAAGAAGAGGGACACGCCAGAGCCAUCAUACUCGACCACAAUCUAGCCUUUUGCUCACUAAUCAUCCCCGCAGCCAAUAUCCAAUGCCGAAGCGUGCAUCCAAUCCUGUGAAAAACAGCCUGCCAGGACUUGCUCCUGUCAUUGAACAUUCUGCCAUUUCGUUCUUUCCAAAUCUCCCAUACAAACGCAUGAAGCAACAGCUGUCGAAACCAAUCCGUCCAAACACAGGGAUCAUUGAAGCUCCAGCACCCAAACACUUGCUUCAGAGCAUGUGGGAAGGGGCCCAAGAUGGACAGGACGCUCAAGAACCUGUCCCAAAUCCUCAUGCUAAACUAGCAGCUUCUGAAAAGAUGUGAAGUUGUCUCAGAAUCAGAUUCACACAACGCACAUCUGCUCACCACGUUCCAGUCGCGCUUCUUCAGAUUGUCAUGUGUGAGGAAGCGGUUGUGACAAAGAAGCCACACAAAACCAUUGACCUUCGAAGGAGCCUUAGAACGUCACACCACACUAACUGGGAAAUCCAUCACUCUAGGGAACUUCUCGUCACAGAUGCUGCGAUACAUCGAGUGCACAGAGAAACCUGCUUUUGGGUCAAGUAACCAAACCAUCCUGCAAGGGCCACAAGAAAUCCAACCAAGAGGAAGGUUUGACAGAAAAUUAAAAAGCUCGCUCCUCUCCCUCUCAGCCUCCCCUCUCAAAGAAAAAUUAAGCGGAAGAGUCCAACUCACCCCCUCAGAAGAAAAGGAUAUAAACUCGGAGACCAAACCUUGAGGGAGAGCAGAAGCGGCGGCAACUCUGGGGAAAGACUCGGCGAGUGUCGUACCAUGAUUCCAAUGGUCCUGUCAGAAAGAAACCCACGCACCACCUCUAGGGUCAACCAUAGCAAACUUCCAAAAAGACGGGUCUUCUUUGACAAUCGAUUUCCAGGGUGAGCAUCCCAUCCUCCCACCACCCUGACCAGCUUUCCAAACAGACACAGGGUUAGGAAACUUGAUAGAAAUCAUCUCCUUCCACCAGGCCUCCUUUUCAGUUGCAUACUUCCAAAGCCAUUUAGAUAGGAGGGUAGAAUGCAUGCUCUCUAAAUCCAAAAUACCCAAACCACCAUUCUGUUUUGAGGCUUCACACAAUUUCCAAUUGGCAAGGUGGUAUUUACUUUUAUCCAGGGCUCCAGACCAAAUGAACUUCCUCUGGGAUUUUUCCAUCUUCCCAAUGACCGCCUUAGGAGCUCUGCAAAGAGAUCCAAGGAAAAGGGGCUGGCUAGACAAGACACUGCUAGCAAGAGUAAGCCUUCCCCCAAAAGAUAGAAAUUUGCCUCUCCAACCCUCUAAUCUGGACUGAAACCUCGUCAACACCGGAUUCCAAAUCGAAACAGAAUUGGGACUUGCACCAAGAGGAAGUCCCAAAUAGAUCGUCGGGAGAUGGUUCCAACCACAGUCAAACUGAGCAGCAAACCUUUCCGGAUUCUUCACAAGUUUUAAAGUGACGAGGAUUCUUCACUUUAAAACUUGUGAAGUUAUUUGUACUUCCAUCCUUUAAACUUUAACUCUCAAAUAUGUGGGAGUUGUAGUUACUCGCCAUCCUCAAAAUCUUAAACUUUAGAACUCUUUUCUGAGUAUCUUAAAACAUUUAUCUUAUAACAGGCCCCUACCUCGACUUAGAUGGCGCCACUACUUGCCUUACUUAACCAUGGCUACCCUCACAAUGAGGUGCCCCUUAAUCUGAGUUUUGACUACCGCGUUACGUAUCGUUGUCUGGUGCCAAAACUAAUGUAUGUCAACCGCGUUACAUAUCACCCUCUAGUUGCAUACCUAAUACUUGGCAAUGGAAACUGCGUUAGGUAUCACCGUCCAGUUCCAUGCUCGAUCAACUACUGCGUUACGUAUCACCGUCCAGUAGUGAUCCCUCGUGAACGUAAGCGAGGUUACUUAUCUAGUUCUUACUUAUUACUUUAUCUUAAUCUAUUUACCUUAACUUAUUUAAGGGUGAAGUACUACUAAAACUUGCUCUUAAACGUUGUAAGUGCUUAAAUAGCAAGACAAAAACUCAAAUGCUUAGCGUAGAUAUUAAAAUGCUCAAACAAUAACUCAAAUCGAAGCAUGCAUAAUCAAACAUGACAUAAAUCAAUCACACAACUUCACGUAAAGCAAUUACUUUUUAAAAAAAAAACAUGUAAGGC